ACAAUGGGAUUUCUGGUGUCUAAAAGAAACCUCCUCCUCCUGCUGUGUGCCAGCGUCUUCCCUGCCUUCGGUCAUGUGGAAACCCGAGCCCAUGCGGAGGAGCGUCUCCUGAAGAAACUCUUCUCUGGUUAUAACAAGUGGUCCCGCCCCGUCGCCAACAUUUCUGAUGUGGUCCUCGUCCGCUUCGGCUUGUCCAUUGCCCAGCUCAUCGAUGUUGACGAGAAAAAUCAAAUGAUGACCACGAACGUGUGGGUGAAGCAGGAGUGGCAUGACUACAAGCUACGCUGGGACCCCCAAGAAUACGAAAAUGUCACAUCCAUCCGAAUUCCCUCGGAGCUCAUCUGGAGGCCAGAUAUUGUCCUCUACAACAAUGCUGACGGUGACUUUGCAGUAACCCACCUGACCAAGGCCCACCUCUUCUAUGACGGGAGAAUUAAAUGGAUGCCACCUGCUAUCUAUAAAAGCUCCUGCAGCAUUGAUGUUACCUUCUUCCCCUUUGACCAGCAAAACUGCACAAUGAAGUUUGGCUCCUGGACCUAUGACAAAGCCAAGAUAGACUUGGUGAGCAUGCACAGUCAUGUGGACCAGCUGGACUACUGGGAGAGCGGGGAAUGGGUCAUCAUCAACGCUGUGGGCAAUUACAACAGCAAGAAAUAUGAAUGCUGCACAGAGAUCUACCCCGAUAUAACUUACUCCUUCAUUAUCCGGAGGCUGCCACUGUUCUACACAAUCAAUCUGAUCAUCCCCUGCCUGCUGAUCUCCUGCCUGACUGUCCUGGUCUUCUACCUGCCCUCCGAGUGUGGAGAGAAGAUAACCCUGUGCAUCUCCGUGCUGUUGUCCCUCACUGUGUUCCUGCUGCUCAUCACAGAGAUCAUCCCAUCUACCUCCUUGGUCAUCCCUCUGAUUGGAGAAUAUCUUCUCUUCACCAUGAUAUUUGUUACCUUGUCUAUCAUCAUCACUGUCUUUGUGCUCAACGUGCACCAUCGUUCCCCGCGUACCCACACGAUGCCUGACUGGGUGAGGAGGAUCUUCCUUGACAUAGUCCCACGCCUCCUCUUCAUGAAACGUCCCUCCACAGUGAAAGACAAUUGCAAGAAGCUCAUUGAAUCCGUGCACAAAAUAAGCAAUACACCAAGGCUUUGGUCCGAGAUCGACGUGGAACCCAACUUCACUACCUCAUCUUCCCCCAGCCCCCAGAGUAAUGAGCCAUCACCCACAUCUUCCUUCUGUGCCCACCUCGAGGAGCCAGCCAAGCCUCAGCCUAUCUGCAAGUCCCCUUCUGGGCAGUACUCUGUGCUGCACCCAGAGCCUGUACAGGUGACCUGCUCCUCUCCACAACCCUCAUGCCACCCCCUGAGUGACACCCAGACCACCUCCAUCUCGAAAGGCAGAUCACUAAGUGUUCAGCAGAUGUACAGCCCCAAUAAGGCAGAGGAAGGGAGUAUCCGCUGCAGGUCCCGGAGCAUCCAGUAUUGCUACCUGCAAGAGGACUCUUCCCAGACCAAUGGCCAAUCCACCGGCUCUCCAGCAUCCCAGAGGUGCCACCUAAAUGAAGAGCAGCCCCAGCACAAGCCUCCUCAAUGCAAGUGUAAAUGCAAAAAGAGCGAGGCAGCUGGCACUUCAGCUCAAGGAAGCAAGACUCACAGCGCCAAAGAGCAACAUCUUGUGUUGAUGUCCCCAGCCCUGAAGCUGGCAGUGGAAGGGGUUCACUACAUCGCAGACCACCUGCGAGCAGAAGACGCGGAUUUCUCAGUGAAGGAAGACUGGAAGUACGUUGCAAUGGUCAUUGACAGGAUCUUCCUCUGGAUGUUCAUCAUUGUGUGUUUGCUGGGAACUGUUGGUCUCUUCCUCCCACCGUGGCUGGCAGGAAUGAUCUAAAUAUAGCCACAUAAGGAAGAAA